CAAACCCGUGUUAGUAAGUUUCUAUCUUUCCCCAACAAUUGACAUCUGAGAGCAGAAAAGCAUCAAAAACAAGCAGCAGUGAAGAAGAAUCUAAAAUAGGGUUUCAAGUUACGAAAAACUUGUCAAGAGUACUGGUAAAGCGUCAUGAAUUCUUUAAACAACUUUAUGCUUGGAACUCUAACUCCUCCUAGCAGGUGAAUUGAGAUUUGAUUUCAAUCAGGUCAGAUAAAAUUCUUUUAUAUUCCUCUUCUAGGGAUUUUUGUUUAUCUGUCUGAGAUUUGAGUUACUGCAAGUUCAUAAUUUGUUACAUUGAAUUGCAUAUCGUAGUAUUCACCUUUGAUUAGUACUAGCAGAAAUACAUUUCUUCUAUUUUUAUCCUUGUCAUUCACUUGCACUGUAUAGAAAACAAGAAUGAAAACCCAUAACAGUUGAAAUUUAUGCUAACAUAUCUUUCAAUGUCUUCUUCCGUAGCUGUUAAUUGGAUUUCAACUCUUCUCUUAUUUCUCCUACUAGCUUAUUAUCUCAUCAUUUUCAUAUCAAAAUCCAGUAACAAGCUUAAACGCUUACCUCCCGGUCCAAAAGGCCUUCCAAUUGUAGGCAACUUUUUUAUGUUAGGUAAAGCCGUUCAUAGAGAUCUCCACCGAUUGUCGACCCAAUAUGGUCCUAUUAUGUAUCUGCGUCUUGGUUUUGUCCCAGUUAUUGUUGUCUCCUCUGCUGAAGCUGCAGAACUUUUUCUCAAAACACAUGAUCUCAAUUUCGCAAGUAGACCUUUUACUGCAGCUGCCAAGUAUAUCACUUAUGACCGUAAAAGCUUUUUCACUGAAUACGGUCCGUAUUGGCGAAAUCUUCGUAAAUUAAGUUCAUUAAAACUGCUUAAUCGUAACAAAAUUGAGUCUUUUGAGUCCAUGAGAAGUUUUGAGAUUGGGUUAUUGAUUAGAUCACUGCAAGAUGCUGCAAAUUUACAUGAAGUAGUAGAUAUUACUAGUAAGGUAUUUGCUCUAAAUAAAGAUAUGUCGUGCUUAAUGGUGUUUGGAAAGAAGCGUGUGGAAAGCGACCAUGAUAAAAAGUCAUUUCAUGAAGUCGUGCUAGAAGGAAUGAGGCUUGCUGCGGUUCCAAAUUUAGCUGAGUAUAUUCCUUUUAUUGGUCAAUUUGAUCUUCAAGGUCUGGUGAAAGGGAUGAAGGCAGUUAGUGAAGUUUUUGAUAAAAUGUUAGAUAACGUUAUUGAUGAACAUUUAGAGGUUUAUGAUAAGGAUAAUCUUAAGGACUUCAUUGAUGUCUUGUUGGAUUGUAUGGAAUCUAAUGAUACCGACUUUCCAAUCGAUCGAUCCAAUAUCAAAGCCAUUGCUUUGGGCAUACUUCUAGGAGCAAUGGACACUUCAGCAACUGCAAUUGAAUGGACCCUGACAGAAUUGAUCAAGAAUCCAAGAGUGAUGCGAAAAGUCCAGGAUGAGUUGGAGAAAGAGGCCGGUUUGGACCGUCUGGUCGAAGAAUCAGAUCUACCAAAACUAGAGUAUCUGGAUAUGGUCAUUAAGGAGAGCUUCAGACUUCAUCCAGUUGGACCACUUCUACUCCCUCAUGAAUCCAUUGAAGACUGUCAAGUUAACGGCUUCUUCAUACCCAAAAAAUCUAGAGUAAUAAUCAACAGUUGGGCAAUUGGACGUGAUCCACAAACCUGGACUGAUCCAGAGAAAUUCAUCCCAGAGAGGUUCCUGGGGAACAAUGUAGAUGUUCGAGGAUAUGAUUUUGAACUCCUUCCAUUUGGAUCAGGUCGUCGACGUUGCCCUGGAUUGACGCUAGGCUUUUUAGUGGUUCGAUUGGUUGUGGCGCAAUUGGUACAUUGCUUCGAUUGGGAGCUUCCAAAUCAUAUGUUGCCGGAUGAUUUAGAUACAAAAGAAGUGUUUGGUGUGGUGAUGCCGAGAGCCAAUCAUCUAUGUGCCAUUCCAAAGUAUCGUCUUCACAGUUGAUAAACAUGUAAGAAUUGUUUCAAGUAAAGUUUGUACUUCUGUAGGCUAUCAUUAUACUUGUUUAGUCUUUGUAAAACCUAUUGAGGUCCAAAAACACUAGAACUGAGCUGAGAAGUUAACACCCGAUCACUAUUCCAGUUUGGUAGUUCUUUUUUUUCCUCUGACAAGCUAUUUUUCUGUUUUUGUUAAGAAAACUCUUGUUUUUGUUUCUGUA